AGUGUCUAUGCUUCAAAUCAACUAAGCCAAAAUGAAACUAGCGUAUUGUUUAAUUAUCGCUAUGGUCUGCGUAACAGCGCAUACCAGAUCCACUCCUGAACGCGAUAGAGUAUACGGGAAGAUGUUUGAAUGCCAAAAAGAAUUAGGUUCAAUUGUAGACGCACUCGAAAACGUUAAAAAUGGAGAUAUAAACCCUGAUACUGGCAAGCUAAUUCUUUGUAUUCAUCGUAAAUUGGGAAUCAUGGAUCAGAAUGGAGACAUUGUUCCUGAUCAGUACAAGCAACACGUUGAAGCUGUUACUGAUGACAAGGAUCGUCAGAAAGAAUUUCAAGAGAAAUGCGGCAAACCUCAAGGAGAAAAUGCCGAAGCUAAAGCUAUUAAUUUUGACACAUGUUUCCAAUCCAUCUUAAAAAUAAUGGGUCGUAUUUAAAUUAUAU